AUGCCUGAGAGUCAAUCUAGCCCUGAGUACGCGUACAACCCGCAGUCCUCAUCCCAAGCCACACCACAGUCUGGGUAUAAGCCCCAAUCUGCGUCCCAGUCCACCGGAAAUUCAGGGUAUAAGCCUGAGACUCAAUCUUCUCCGGGGGUUGGAUAUAACCCUCAGUCGUCAUCUCAAGCCAGCCCGCAAGCAGGUUAUAAGCCUCAGUCCUCGUUCCAAGCAAGCCCGCAGCUAGAGUAUCAGCCCGAGAUUCAGUCGACCCCGGAGUUUGAGUACAGCCCUCAGCCCUCAUCCCAAGCCACCCCACAGUCUGGGUAUAAGCCCCAAUCUGCGUCCCAGUCCACCGGAAAUUCAGGGUAUAAGCCUGAGACUCAAUCUUCUCCGGGGGUUGGAUAUAACCCUCAGUCCGCAUCCCAGGCUGCCCCACAGUCUGGCUACAGCCCUCAGUCGUCAUCUCAAGCCAGCCCGCAAUCAGGCUAUAAGCCCCAGUCCUUAUCUCAUGCCACUUCGCAAACUGGGUAUCAGCCUGAGAGUCAAUCUAACCCUGAGUCUGGCUACAACCCGCAGUCUGAAUCCCAAUCUAUCCCGCAGUCUGGAUAUAUGCCCCAGCCUGCCUCCCAAUCAACCCCAGAGUUUGGCUAUAGCCCCCAAUCAUCCUCAUCCCAAUCUACCCCGCAGACUGGGUAUCAGCCUGUGAGUCAAUUCAACCAAGACUCUGGGGCUAAGCCUCAGUCAUCCCAGUCUGCUCAAUCUGCCCCAGGCUCUGGGUAUAGGCCUCAGUCUGCUCAGUCCGCCGCUCAGUCUGGGUAUCCACCUGAGAGUCAAUUCAACCAAGACUCUGGGUACAGCCCCCAAUCAUCCUCAUCCCAAGCCACCCCGCAGACUGGGUAUCAGCCCGAAAGUCAAUUCAACCAAGACUCUGGGUAUAACCCUCAGUCCGCAUCUCAAGCCACCACGAACUCUGGAUAUAAGCCUCAGUCUGUUCAAUCCGCUCCGGAAGCUGGGUACAAGACUCAGUCUGCGCAAUCCGCUCCGGAAGCUGGUCCGCAUCUCAAGCCAGCACAAACUCUGGAUAUAAGCCUCAGUCUGUUCAAUCCGCUCCGGAAGCUGGGUACAAGCCUCAGUCAUCUCAGCCGGUGUCUCAAGCCAGUACAAACUCUGGGUACAACCCUCAGUCCGCAUCUCAAGCUAGUACAACCUCUGGCUACAACCCUCAGUCCGCAUCUCAAGCCAGCACAAACUCUGGAUAUAAGCCUCAGUCUGUUCAGUCCGCCCCGGAAGCCGGGUACAAGACUCAGUCUGCGCAAUCCGCUCCGGAAGCUGGGUACAAACCUCAGUCAUCUCAGCCGGCGUCUCAAGCCAGUACAAACUCUGGGUACAACCCUCAGUCCGCAUCUCAAGCCAGCACAAACUCUGGGUACAACCCUCAGUCCGCAUCUCAAGCAGCCCCAGAGUCUGGGUACAAGCCC